ACUCGCUGGCUGUCGCCAGAGUCGUUGACUUAUAAUGCCUACACAUCCAAGAGUGACGUAUGGUCCUUUGGAAUCCUUCUCUGGGAAAUUGCGACCCUAGGUGCCACUCCUUAUGAAAACAUACAAACUAAGGACCUGAUGUCGAGGUUGGAGAAUGGAUAUCAGAUGACCAAACCAAGCAACUGUGAUGAUGAAAUCUACAACCUGAUGUUGAUGUGCUGGCAGGUAGACCCGGCCAAAUGGCCUAGUUUCAAUCAACUAGUGACUCGUCUGACGAGUAUGGCUGACAACCCAAAUGAGCAAACGUACAUGCGAAUGCUACCGAAGACUGAGGAAUACAUGCACAUGAUGAUUCGCCCAGAGUUUGAUGACAACUAACAAAAAAGCAGUAAACAUCGAAGCUGAAGAGGAUGUAAACCAUGGCUGAAGCAGAUCUUUCAACAUUUUUAAGCGCGUAAAAACGCAUGUUUGGGUUUAUUUUGCAAUCCAUAUCGAUAAUUUUUAAAUUGAGCUCGGUAUUAGUCAUUGUUCCGUUCCGUUUUUUUAAAGGUAUUUGACAGCAAUUGCAAACAUUU